AGAGUCUCUCCUUGUCUUCCGAAGAAAGAGCUUGCUUUUGGAUUGCCAUGGAUCCUAAAGAGAGUCUUAGACACACUUGAAUAAUUCCUCUGCUUGGGCUGGAUUGGUGGGAAUUUAGGAAGGAGCGUGUGUGCAAAGCAGAAGCCUUCGGAGCUCGCUCGCUGCUCUAAUCUGUAUGGAUCUAAAAGUGUCACAUUCAAGACCUUUCAAUCUGCAGCUUUUGAUUUCAAGAUUUCCCUUUCCACUUUAAGUAGCUGCUAGGAAACUGAAAACUUUUGGACCUACCUCUUACUGGCUUUGGAUACUUUUUUUUGGAUCUCUGGAAUUGGUCUCGCAAGCGAUCGGGAUUGCUUUUAAUAUGUCAAAAUGGGUCUGCUGACGCCACUCCUGCUCUUUGGAUUUGCAUUUUUUCAAGUCUAUGGAUCCCGUCUCCGCCAGGAGGACUUUCCCCCACGGAUUGUUGAGCAUCCUUCAGAUGUGAUAGUCUCUAAAGGAGAGCCAACAACUCUGAACUGUAAAGCUGAAGGAAGGCCAACUCCUACUAUUGAGUGGUACAAGGAUGGAGAGCGAGUGGAAACGGACAAGGAUGAUCCACGCUCCCACCGCAUGCUGCUGCCCAGCGGAUCUUUAUUUUUCUUACGUAUCGUGCAUGGACGCAGGAGUAAACCUGAUGAAGGAAGUUAUGUUUGUGUAGCAAGGAACUAUCUUGGAGAAGCUGUGAGUCGCAAUGCGUCUCUGGAAGUGGCAUUGCUACGGGAUGACUUCCGCCAAAACCCUACAGAUGUUGUGGUGGCAGCUGGAGAGCCUGCCAUAUUGGAGUGCCAGCCACCUCGUGGACACCCUGAGCCUACCAUCUACUGGAAGAAAGAUAAAGUCCGUAUUGACGACAAGGAAGAGCGGAUCAGUAUACGUGGUGGGAAGCUGAUGAUCUCCAAUACAAGAAAAAGUGAUGCCGGCAUGUACACUUGUGUUGGAACAAACAUGGUGGGGGAGCGAGACAGCGAUCCGGCAGAGCUGACUGUGUUUGAACGGCCCACGUUUCUCAGGCGACCGAUUAACCAAGUGGUGCUGGAGGAGGAGGCCGUGGAUUUCCGGUGCCAGGUGCAGGGGGAUCCCACACCCACAGUCCGGUGGAAGAAAGAUGAUGCAGACUUACCGAGAGGAAGGUAUGACAUCAAAGAUGACUAUACUUUGCGCAUUAAGAAGGCCAUGAGCACAGAUGAGGGAACCUACACAUGCAUUGCUGAGAAUCGAGUUGGAAAAGUGGAAGCCUCUGCUACCCUCACUGUGCGAGCUCGCCCCGUUGCUCCCCCACAGUUUGUGGUGAGACCACGAGACCAGAUUGUAGCCCAGGGCCGAACAGUGACUUUUCCUUGUGAAACUAAAGGAAAUCCCCAGCCAGCUGUUUUCUGGCAAAAAGAAGGAAGCCAGAAUCUACUCUUCCCAAACCAGCCUCUCCAACCCAACAGCAGAUAUUCAGUGUCACCAACUGGAGACCUCACUAUUACCAACAUUCAGCGGUCUGAUGCAGGCUACUACAUUUGUCAAGCACUGACGGUUGCUGGAAGCAUUUUAGCAAAGGCUCAGCUGGAGGUUACUGAUGUCUUGACAGAUAGGCCUCCACCCAUCAUCCUCCAGGGGCCAGUCAAUCAGACACUGGCAGUGGAUGGGACAGCUUUGCUGAAGUGCAAGGCAACCGGCGACCCCCUUCCUGUCAUCAGCUGGUUAAAAGAAGGAUUCACUUUCCUGGGCAGAGACCCUCGCACAUCCAUACAGGAUCAGGGGACGCUUCAGAUUAAAACUCUGCGGCUGUCCGAUACUGGGACUUACACUUGCGUUGCUACAAGUUCCAGUGGGGAGACAUCUUGGAGUGCUGUGCUGGAGGUGACAGAAUCUGGUGGAGCAACAGUCAGUAAAAAUUAUGAUAUAAAUGACCUCCCUGGGCCACCAUCCAAACCUCAGGUCACGGAUGUUACUAAGAACAGUGUCACCCUGUCCUGGCAACCAGGGACCCCUGGAAGCCUACCAGCUAGUGCAUAUAUCAUUGAGGCUUUUAGUCAAUCUGUGAGCAAUAGUUGGCAAACAGUGGCUAACCAUGUGAAGACCACUCUCUACACUGUGAGAGGACUGCGCCCCAAUACAAUCUACCUGUUUAUGGUGAGAGCUAUCAAUUCACAAGGUCUGAGUGAUCCCAGCCCUAUGUCAGAUCCUGUCCGAACACAAGAUAUCAGCCCACCAGCACAAGGUGUGGAUCACAGGCAAGUCCAGAAAGAACUGGGAGACGUCAUUGUACGACUGCAUAAUCCUGUUGUGCUGACACCCACGACGGUUCAAGUCACCUGGACGGUUGACCGCCAAUCCCAGUUUAUUCAGGGCUACCGAAUAAUGUAUCGCCAAACGUCUGGCCUACCUUCUCCAGCUGUAUGGCAGACUUUGGAGGUCAAAGUCCCAACUGAGCGCAGUGCUGUCCUCGUCAGCCUGAAAAAGGGGGUCACUUAUGAAAUUAAGGUUCGCCCUUAUUUCAAUGAAUUCCAAGGAAUGGACAGUGAAUCAAAGUCUGCUCGUACCACAGAGGAAGCUCCAAGUGCCCCUCCUCAGUCUGUUACUGUCCUGACAGUUGGAAACCACAACAGCACAAGCAUCAGCAUCUCCUGGGAUCCUCCCCCUCCAGAUCACCAAAAUGGAGUCAUCCAGGAGUAUAAGAUCUGGUGCCUAGGUAAUGAGACUCGAUUUCAUAUCAACAAAACAGUAGAUGCAGCCAUUCGGUCUGUAGUAAUAGGUGGCCUAUAUCCAGGUAUUCAGUACCGUGUGGAAGUUGCUGCAAGCACCAGUGCAGGUGUGGGAGUAAAAAGUGAGCCACAACCCAUAAUAAUUGGAGGUCGUAACGAAGUUGUCAUCACUGAAAAUAACAACAGCAUAACUGAGCAAAUCACUGAUGUUGUCAAACAGCCUGCCUUUAUAGCUGGCAUCGGUGGUGCAUGUUGGGUAAUUCUGAUGGGUUUCAGCAUCUGGCUGUACUGGCGCAGAAAGAAGAGGAAGGGGCUCAGCAAUUAUGCUGUCACUUUCCAAAGAGGAGAUGGAGGACUAAUGAGCAAUGGAAGUCGACCGGGUCUGUUGAAUGCAAGUGACCCCAGUUAUCCUUGGCUUGCAGACUCUUGGCCUGCCACAAGUCUGCCGGUAAACAACAGCACUAGUGGACCCAAUGAUCUUGGCAAUUUUGGUCGUGGAGAUGUGCUGCCACCAGUGCCAGGGCAAGGAGAUAAAACCGCUACUAUGCUUUCUGAUGGAGCCAUUUACAGCAGCAUUGACUUCACCACGAAAACUAGUUACAACAGUUCCAGCCAAAUAACACAAGCUACGCCAUAUGCCACAACCCAGAUACUGCAUUCCAACAGCAUCCAUGAGCUGGCUGUCGACUUACCUGACCCUCAGUGGAAAAGCUCAAUUCAGCAAAAAAAUGACCUAAUGGGAUUCGGUUACUCUCUCCCAGACCAAGGCAAAGGCAACAAUGCCUUGCUUUACAUCCCUGACUACCGCGUGGCUGAGGGAUUGGCUAAUAGAUUGCCACACAACCAGUCACAGGAUUUCAGCACCACCAGCUCCCACAACAGCUCCGAAAGGAGUGGCAGCCUCUCAGGUGGCAAAGGAGGGAAAAAGAAGAAAAACAAAAAUACUGCCAAGCCCCAGAAAAACAAUGGUUCAAACUGGGCCAGUGUUCCCCUCCCACCCCCUCCCGUGCAGCCACUUCCAGGCACAGAGCUGGAACACUAUGGGGUCGAUCAGCAAGAAGCAGGGUAUGACAGUGAUGGUUGGUGUCCGCCUUUGCCAGUUCAGACCUACCUACAUCAGGGCAUGGAGGAUGAGCUUGAAGAAGAUGAUGAUCGUGUUCCCACACCUCCUGUCCGAGGAGUAGCUUCAUCACCUGCCAUCUCCUUUGGGCAACAGUCAACUGCAACCCUCACGCCUUCUCCACGAGAGGAGAUGCAGCCAAUGCUUCAAGCCCACCUUGAUGAAUUAACUAGGGCUUACCAGUUUGAUAUAGCAAAGCAGACAUGGCACAUCCAAAGCAAUACACAACCUCCUCAGGCUCCAGUUCCACCCCUAGGAUAUGUAUCUGGAAACCUUAUUUCAGAUUUGGAAACAGAUGUUCCAGAUGAUGAUGAUGAUGAGGAUGAUAUUGAAGAAGAAACUGUAGAAAUCAGUAGGCCGCUAAGAGGUCUAGAGCAUACUCCAGGCUCCAGUAUGGACAAUCUAGACAGCUCUGUGACAGGCAAAGCAUAUCCUUCCUCUCAGAGACCUCGGCCAAGCAGUCCUUUUUCUACUGACAGCAACACCAGUGCAGCUGUCAAUCAGAGUCAGAGGCCGAGGCCCACUAAAAAACACAAGGGAGGACGGUUGGACCAACCCCCCUUGCCUCAUCGUAGGGAGGGAAUAACAGAUGAUCUUCCACCACCACCCGACCCGCCCCCUGGUCAGGGUUUAAGGCAGCAAAUAGUCCCCGGCCAGCGUGGAGGCUCGGCAGAGAGGAAAGGAAGCUCUCUUGAGAGGCAGCAUGCACCGAACGUAGAUGAAACAAAGAGCUCCCUGGACCGGCAAGCUAGGACGUCACUAGAGUGGCAGCGGCAAACCCAGGAGUGGAUAAGCUCUACAGACCGCCAAGAGGAUUUCAGGAAAGCCCAACACAAACAAGCCUUCGGAUCAGAAGAGGCACUCGUACCAUAUAGUAAACCCAACUUCCCAUCCCCUGGCGGCCACAGCUCUUCAGGAACAGCUUCUUCUAAAGGAUCGACAGGACCUAGAAAAGGUGAAGUCUUGCGAGGAGGUCACCAACGCAAUGCCAGUGACCUUCUCGAUGUAGGCUAUGUGGGAUCAAACAGUCAAGGACAGUUUACUGGUGAAUUAUAGUAGUUGAGAAGACACAUUGCAAGCUGCUCUGAUGGACCAUCAGGUCUGAACUCAUGGAAGUGAUGACACUAAACAGUGCAAUGAACAUUUUCUUUAUUUAUGUACUAUUAAAAGAACUGUAAAUGCAAUGUAAAGACACACAGCCACACAUAUCCCACAGAUACUUUACUUGUGUUCUUCUCUUUAAUACACCAUCCACCUUAAACUAUUCCUUGUCAGGAGUAUAUAAAAAAGAAAGAAAAAAAAUCACCCUCCAGGAUGAAAAGGAUUUCCUUCUGUAUAUAAUUUCUUUUGUUGCAUUGCUAUGCAAGCUCACCUUCUUUUUAGCUAUGUUCAUAUUCAUGUCUGUUUUUAUUGGUCUGUUGUACUAUAUGUGAAUUAAUAGGCUGU